UACGAGCUCACUCGUACCGCGAACUGUCUAGAAUAAACAUACAAUUUCACAAUGGAUCGCUGGUUGAAUCGUGUUGCCGUCGUUACUGGAGCCAGUUCCGGGAUUGGAAAUGCCUGCUGCAAGGAUUUGGUAGCCAAGGGUAUGGUCGUAGUUGGCCUGGCCCGUCGCGAAGAACGUCUUCAGGAGCUGAAGGCAUCGCUGCCGAAAGACCAGCAGUCGCGGUUCCAUGGCCGAAAGUGUGACGUCAGCGUCGAGCAGCAGGUCAUUGAGGCAUUCGCUUGGAUUGAUAAAACUUUGGGAGGAGCUGACGUUUUGAUCAACAAUGCCGGCAUCCUUGGUAAAUUACAAAUCACCGAUCCAGACAACGCUGCCGAUCUGCGCGCUGUCUUGGACACCAAUGUGCUGGGAGUUUCGUGGUGCACCCGCGAAGCGUUCCGCUCGCUGCAGAGCCGCAAAGUCAACGAUGGCCAUGUUGUGAUCAUCAACAGCAUUGCGGGCCAUAUAAUUCCAGUGAUGCCUGGCGUUGGCUUCAAAAUGUAUGCUCCUUCGAAGCAUGCCGUCACCGCACUCACCGAGGUACUGCGACAGGAGUUUCAGCAAAAGAAAACAGAGACGAAGAUAACUAGCAUUAGCCCAGGUGCUGUCGACACCGAGAUCAUUGAUGAUAAAAUCAGGGAGGCAAUGCCAGACUUCCCCAUGCUGCGGGCUGAGGAUGUCGCAGAUGCGGUCACCUACUGCAUCCAGACUCCGCCCAACGUGCAGAUCCAUGAGCUAAUAAUCAAGCCAGUUGGCGAAAGGUUUUGAUGGAUACUCGAACUAGGGACUAUUAUUGUGUGUGACACAGGGGACUUCGUAUUCGGAGUAUUGAUUGGUUUUAAAUAGAAUUAUUUUGUUAAAUAAAAACAUAUUUAAUCCAUUA